GGUCGCGGUUUAGUCGCGGUUUAGUCGCGGUUCAGUCGCGGUUUUCGCUCCACGCAUAUUUAUUUUCCUCGCUUCCCAUCCGCAGGGCCGCAUGGAAUAUCUGGUCAAAUGGAAGGGCUGGUCGCAGAAGUACAGCACUUGGGAGCCCGAGGAGAACAUCCUGGAUGCGCGGCUGCUCGCAGCCUUCGAGGAGAGCUUUGGUUCUUUUAACACCUCUAGGGAGCGAGAAAUGGAGCUUUACGGGCCCAAAAAGCGAGGCCCCAAGCCCAAAACCUUCCUGCUAAAGGCCCAGGCAAAAGCCAAAGCCAAAACCUAUGAGUUCCGCAGUGACUCUUCCCGGGGGAUCCGGGUGCCGUAUCCUGGCAGGUCCCCCCAGGAGCUGGGCUCCACGUCCCGGGCUAGGGAAGGACUCAGAAACAUUGCCCUGGCCCCCCAGAGCAGCUCCAGCAGCAGCACCCCCAAGGCCGACGGCAUCCGGGAGCGGGUGAUCCGCGUGGAGGAGAAACCCGGAGACACCCCCAAAAAGAGAGGCCCGAAGCCCAGGAAGGAGCUUUACAAGGACCUUGCGGAGACUCUGGAUGCCUCCAAGAGGAAACUGGGGGAGCCGGGGGACAAGGUGGGGGACUACCUGAAGGCCAGGAAGAUGGAGGAGGCGGCGGCGGGGGCGGCCAAGUUCGGCUCGGGACACAGCGUGAUCCAGCUGGCCCGGCGGCAGGAGCCCGAGCUGCCCGGAGCCCUGGCCGGCCCCACCCGCGCCGAGGCGGGGCCCGAGAGCUUCCCCCCGCGCCUGGCCAAGCACCGGGCGGACUUGCUGGACCCCAAGGGGCAGGGGGGGCUGGACCCCGGCGGGCCCAAGCUGCUGCACGGCGCCGUCGGCCCGGGGGCCGUGGGCGGCCUGUACCGCGACGGCGUGGGGGGCCCGGCGGGGCGGCCCUCCCUCAUCGCCAGGAUCCCCGUCUCCAGGAUCCUGGGGGACCCCGAGGAGGAGUCCUGGAGCCCCUCGCUCAACAACCUGGAGAAGGUGGUGGUAACUGAUGUGACCUCUAACUUUUUGACCGUCACCAUCAAGGAGAGCAGCACGGACCAAGGAUUCUUUAAGGAGAAGCGAUGAGUUUGGUGGAGGUGGUGCUGGGGUUUUCUUCAGUCAGAUCCAGACAAAAGCUUGGUAGAGCUUGG